AUGUAUCAAAAAACUAGUUGUUUCAAAGAAACAUCAACAAGUUAUACAAAAAAAAUUAAAGUAAGAUUUAAUAAAUAUUCUCGUGAUUCAAUACGUCUUUAUCAUGGUCUUUUAGCAACACGAUUAUAUAUUAUUUUAUUUUCAUAUUCAUUAAAUGAAAUAUUUAAUGAAACUAUUAUAAAUCCAUCUGGACAAAAAUAUGAAAAAUUAGAAGAAAAAUAUUUAUCAACAUUAACAUGUCCAUGUACUCAAAUAUCUAUACCUUAA